GCACCCGGCUCGCCCAGGGCCCCUGCUCGCGCCCGGGGGCUUCCGGGCCUCGCGCCUCGGACUUUCCCUGAAGGCAGCGUCUGCCCCUGAGGGCGAGGACGCUGGUGAAGCUCGAACUUCAUUUUUUAAGGGGCACCCCUAGGUGAGAAGCCCGAGCGACGGUGAGCUAUGGACCCUGUGAGUCAGCUGGCCUCUGCAGGCUCCUUCCGAGCGCUGAAGGAGCCCCUUGCCUUCCUCCGAGCCCUGGAAUUGCUUUUUGCAAUCUUUGCAUUUGCAACAUGCGGUGGCUAUUCCGGAGGCCUGCGGCUGAGUGUGGACUGUGUCAACAAGACAGAAAGUAACCUCAGCAUUGACAUAGCAUUCGCCUACCCAUUCAGGUUGCACCAGGUGACGUUUGAGGUGCCUACCUGUGAGGGAAAGGAGCGACAGAAGCUGGCCCUGAUCGGUGACUCCUCUUCAUCAGCAGAGUUCUUCGUCACUGUUGCUGUCUUCGCCUUCCUCUACUCCUUGGCAGCCACUGUCGUUUAUAUUUUUUUCCAGAACAAGUAUCGGGAAAACAACCGGGGUCCACUAAUUGACUUCAUCGUCACUGUUGUCUUUUCGUUCUUGUGGUUGGUGGGUUCAUCGGCUUGGGCAAAAGGACUGUCCGAUGUCAAGGUGGCAACAGACCCCAAGGAAGUAUUGUUACUGAUGUCAGCUUGCAAACAACCCUCCAACAAGUGCAUGGCUGUCCACAGCCCUGUCAUGUCCAGCUUAAACACUUCUGUGGUCUUUGGAUUCUUGAACUUUAUCCUCUGGGCUGGAAACAUCUGGUUUGUUUUCAAGGAGACUGGCUGGCACUCCUCAGGACAGAGAUACCUUUCAGAGCCCAUGGAGAAGCACUCACGCAGCUAUAACCAAGGCGGGUACAACCAAGACAGCUAUGGGUCAAGUGGUGGGUACAGUCAGCAGGCCAGCUUGGGGCCCGCCUCUGAUGAGUUUGGGCAACAGCCCACAGGCCCUGCUUCCUUUACCAAUCAGAUUUAACAAGGUCUUAUUUGCACUCUUCUGGAGAUAAGCCUCACCAGUUUCCAUUUCGGUGGCAGAAGAAAUUUUUAAGUUUCCAUCCAUUAUUAAUAUAGAGAGUGUUUAAUGUAAAUCAGAGAUCUGUAGUCCUCAUUAAAGCAGAAAAGACUGGGUCAUGAUAAAUGAUACUUAGAGAUGAGCUGACAUGAGAAGAUCUAUUAUUCAUCAUAGAUGGCUAAUUGGAGAGGACCUUAUUAUAUACACAGAUACUUUUAUGGUCGUUUUGUAUGUGUGUUGAGAUUGUAGUAGCAUUUUGUAGCUUAAAGUCUCUAGUAUGUAAUAUGCAUAAAGUAAAUUAACUAGCAUUGAGUUUUCCUAUGCGUUUUGAUGUUUCAAUGAUUUCUAUAAGACAGUUUGGUGUACCACAACAUGCAUGUAUGAUUUUUUCGUUGUAGGCCCUGUAAGACUGUGAGACUUAAGUAUUUGUUUUAGACAAUUACUGUGUAUUUUUUAAUUUGAUGAAUCAGUGCCCUUAUGAUUUAGUGCAUGAAUAAGCAUUUUCUCACAAAAUAAAUAUUUGAACUGUAUUUAUGAAAAUUUUCCAGUUUGCACCAUGAAUUUGUUAAAUGGACGUUUAAAAAAUAUAUUCACUACUUUGUAUACUUGCAAAUUUGUCUCUCUGGCUUUACCCAGUCUCAACUGCAUUGUAACUAAGGGUUGGGUUUUUUUUCCCUAUUAGUAGUUAUUCAGUGUUAUACAUAUGAUAAUUGCCAAAUAUUUAUUCUAUUUACUUAGCUGAAAUUUACAUUCUUGUAACUUUCUAUGGUGUUUUGUGGCUCUUAUCCUAUGGACCAUGAAAAAUAGAUCCAGUAACUGUGUUUAUCAAGUGUUGUUUUCUCAGAAUAGUGGAGAUACAGAUAUCAGACACCAUAAUCAAGAAGCUAUCUGAAAUAUUGACUUAUAAAGAUAAUUCUGGAGAACCUACACUAGCAGGUAAAUUUAUAAAUCCUGUUUCCUUAUAAAGUUAAUAUGUUCCUUCAUUUAAUUAUUAUUAAAUGAAGAAUUAUUUAAUUCUCAAGUCAAAGCUCAACUUACUAAUUAUUAAUUCUGAUUUGAGUGUUACCAUAAAUUAAAAAUGACUUCCAUGAACCUCUCUGUAUGCCAAAGCAGGUUCUCAAGAAAUAUUCCCCAAAAUAUAUUUAUUGCCAAGAAUAUGCCAAUCUUCACCUCUAUGUUUGAAUUCCAGGGCCCAAUAGCAAGGGAAGCUGAACAUCUGUAUUUCCAGGUAAAAGUUGUUAUUGAUUUAUAAGCUCAUGUGAUCUGUGAUGUUAGAAGCAUUUUAGCUUUGUUUCUUAGAUGAUACCUGUGACCCAUUUCUGGAUCCUGUUGAAUAAAUCUGUAUUGUGAUAUUUAUUUGACCUUAAUAAAGUUAUUGCAUACAAUACUGGCUGGAUAAUGGAGAAUUACAACAAUAGAAUCUUGUUAGCUUUAAAAAUGAAAGAACAGGAGUAAAUGCACAAUGUUUCCAAUAUUUCACCCUAUCCUUGUCAGAUGAAUCCCAUGUUGUUCAUUCAUUCAUUCCAUCAUUCCAGGACCUCCUGUGUACCCAUUGCUAGGUAAGGCACUGGGGAUACACUAGUGAACAAAAUCAGAAACUUGCCCUACCCCCUGAAGCUUACACUCUAGUAGGAGAGACAGACAUUUAAAAAAAAUCACACCCCAGUUAUGCUGUAUACCACAAAGACACAGGACUCCAUGAGAAGAUAGAUCAGAGGAACUUGAGCUACUUAGGGGAAGUCAAGGAGCUUAAGACCUGAAGACUGAAUAGGGUUUCACAGGGACAGGGUGAGAAAGAUGAGUGUCCUAGGUAGAGAGCAGCCUUUGCAGAGUUCUAGGUGGUAGGAGGCCUGGUGCAUUUAUAGAGUUAUCAAAGUAUAAUGAGAAGUGUGGGUGCUGAUGGGAGUUUAUGGAUAAAACCCUGCUUGCUGGCCAAAGUCAGGAAAUCUGUCUCUAUCCUAAAGAAGUUAAGUGGAAGUAGGAAAGAUUUUAAGUUGAAGGACACAAUGAGACCAGAAUAUUGAAUAGAUCUUAGUGGCUUCAGGGUUGAGAGUUGAUUGAAAGAGGACAGGAGUAAAGAAAUUUCUGAGGAUAAGAAAUAGUGAUGACCUGGGGCAGCGGGGAAAGGAGGAGAUUGACAAGAAUUUCCCCAUCGACCCACUCAUUUCUUUGGAGAGCACUUGUAUUUGACUGCUUCCUGCAGCACUUCUCAUGGGAAGAGAGUGGUCUCUUCUUCAUAGACUGUCAAGAACUCUCCAAAGUGGGGCCUCCCUGGUGGUGCAUGGAUUAAAAUCUCGGUGCUAUCAUGCUAUUGCUAGCCACUGUGGCAUGAGUUGGAUCCCUGGCCAGGGAGCUAACCCACAUAGUGCAGCAGACCUCUCCUGUCUCCCCAGCUGCUCCCCUUAGCAGUGUAUUUCUGUAGCUCUCCCUGUUCUGCUCCCCACUGUGGCUCCAUGAAUCCUCUCACCCUCUCCCUACACCUCUGGCCUACACCCCAGUUCCUGUAUGCAUAGAUAAAUAAAAAUAAAUCUUUUUAAAAUAAUAAUUAAAAAAAUCUCCAAAGU